AUGGCGCCGACCAGUCCGCGCAAAUCAAUUGACAGCCUAGCAUCUGGCACGUCAACACAAUCGCUGUCGCAACUAUCUCUAUCCCAGCUUGAAUCCCCACGCGCGGCCCCUCUGCGGUACCCCCUGAGGAGGGGAUCAACGGCAAGCUCGGUUGUGAGCAUUGGAGGUAUUCUAGAUACCUCCCAGCAUCAUGGCUCCAUUGCGGAGUCCGGACAAAAUGCGAUAUCCACGUUACUCCAACCGCCGAUUGUUCGCACAGGUCUGACGCCGCACACUGCCGUGUCUGCGACCGGUUAUAAAGCUCCGUCCUCUCGUGACAUUCCGCCCGUGACUUUGACAAAUAUCCCUCACGUUGAAGCGAAAGUCUUCCAGCCUUACCUGUCACAAGUCGGCUCUUUAUAUGAUGUGUUCCAGCAGUCGAAGGAUGGGUUCCCGGAAGACGUCCCGACGCCAUCAGGUACCAAGGCCGGGAGGCUUGAUGAAUCGGAUACCCUCAAACCAUGGAGUCCAGAACGUAGGUCCUCGGUCAUGUCCCUGAACUCGAGACCAACCUCCCCGCAGGACUUCCGAGGUCGACGACCUUCCGGCGUUCGGAGCCGCGGACCUGCAGUCACUCCCUUGUCCACGAUCCCCCCAGUCUAUUUCGAGGAGGAUUUCCACCUGGAGAACCCACGUACCUUUGAUAUCAUAUCGGAAAAGUCCGAUGUCGUGAAACCGCCUCGAACUUCGAAUAAAGAUGACACGCAGGCCAACGGAGGGGCACCGGAACCAGUGUCUUCGGGCCGCAAAGCUUUGGCGACAAAUGCAAUUCUGCAGGAAAAGUUAUCGUGGUAUAUGGACACUGUUGAGAUCCAUUUGAUCUCGUCGAUAUCCACAGCAUCAAAGUCUUUUUUUACCGCCUUGGGAUCACUAAGGGAAUUGCACGCGGAAGCGGCUGAUUCGGUGAAAAGAAUCCAGGUUCUUCGUAAAGAUUUGCAAAAGAUAGACAAGGAAAUGGCAUUGGGGGGCCUGAAAGUCGUCAAUUUGCGACGUCGGAGAGAAAAUGUUCGAAUGUUGGCCGCUGCUGUAGCCCAGCUUCGCGACGUUGUGGAGUCGGUCUCUCGAUGCGAAGAUCUGGUGGAGCAAGGGGAGAUUGAGCGGGCCUCUGACGAGCUGGAGCAGGUGGAGAGGAUGAUGGCGGGGGAGAAGAUGUCGACUCAAACCAGUGGUGAAAACGGUCAUGAUACAAUUGAAAGAACGAUUGAUCUUCGGGGCUUGAAAGCUCUAGAAGGAGCUUCUGAGGAUCUGGCAAUCCUGUGGCAACGCAUUGGCAUGGGCUAUGAGACUCGAUUCUUAAAUGAUCUUCUAGGAGAUUUGAGGCAGCAUGUUGGAAAUGUAGCGUCCAGUGCGACCCUGCAGCGUUGGGGCGCCUCAUUCCAGCGUCAACGUGGUGGCCAGCGGGUGAUCUUAACGGCUUCUCCUGCCUAUAUGAAUAUCGACAAUGCGCUACGCUCCAGCUUGAACACACAGCUGAUGGGACUCGCGCGAGCUCACUUCACUACCGCUGCAGCUACCUCAUUCAAGAUGGCUGUGCUACGGGAGAUGAAAGCUUUGAUACGAAAACAUUUGCCAAGUUCCAGCGACGACGACAAUGAGUCUAUGGUUUCCGUAUCCACUCAUAAUGACCGACAACGAACCCAGCAGGAGAAGUCCUCAGUCCUGGCACGGAAUCUGCGCGCUCUGGACUCCGAAGACGCGUAUACGAUGCUUGUGGGAGUCUACACUGGUAUAAGUGAAUGUCUUCGACGACUGAGCACCCAAGUCAAGAUCUUGUUAGAUCUCGCCAGCGGUCUCGGAAGCUCUCCUACUGCCGGUCUCUUGUCGCCCACACUCAGUCCCCGCCCCCAGGAAGAGUCUCCUGACCGGGGACCGUCAGCUUCCGCCAUGGCGCAAGAUGAGAUUCUGCAAGUCCUGGACAUGUCUAGCUUGCUAGGCCAGGCUGUCGAUAUUGCGCAGUCCCAGAUCACAAAGGUUCUCAAAGUUCGCUCUGAGCAGACGUCUCUCCUGUCCAAGGAAGAUUUCUUGAAAUAUUUCACGCUCAACCGCCUUUUUGCCGACGAGUGCGAAGCCAUCUCAGGUCGAGGCGGCGCAGCAUUGAAAACCAUUGUUGGGAAUCAAAUCCGCGAAUUCAUUACGCGCUUCAGCGAGACUCAGCGACAGAACAUCGUGAGGGUGAUGGACUCUGAUCGCUGGGAUGCACGUGACUUUACAGACGCUGAUGUCGCUGUGCUCACACGAAUUCUCGACGCAAGCACCAAGGAUAUUGAUCUAUGGACGGAAGGCUCCAAGAUUUGGGCCCCCGAGGGCGGAAAGGAAGAGAAGACUCUGACUGAGGGGAACGGCGAUGCCAAUGGUGUUUCUAAAGACAAGAUUCGGAACGCGGUUGUGGAUGAGCAAAAGUAUAUCCUACCUGACUCGGCCGUGGCAAUCAUGCGUUGCAUCGAAGAAUUCGAAUUCCUCAUGGCGAACAUUCCAACCAUGAUCCAGGAUAUUGCGGCACAAUUGCUCGAGGUCCUGAAGCUUUUCAACUCGCGUUCAUCACAGUUGAUUCUUGGCGCUGGCGCGACGCGAAGCGCUGGGCUCAAGAACAUUACGACCAAGCACCUGGCGCUUUCGUCUCAAGCAUUGAGCUUUGUGAUCGCGCUUGUACCGUAUGUUCGCGAGUUUUUCCGCCGUCAUGGACAGGCGAACCAGAUCAUGGGAGACUUUGAUAAAAUCAAGCGACUCUGCCAGGAGCAUCAGUCGGGUAUUCAUGAGAAGCUCGUCGACAUCAUGACCUCUCGAUCGUCUGUCCAUGUUACCGCAAUGAAGAAGAUUGAUUGGGAUACCGAUGUCUCGACUGGUGUUCAUCCAUACAUGGAAACGCUUGCGAAGGAGACCGGCACUCUUCACCGAGUACUGAGCAAGCAUCUUCCGGACAUGAGUGUCAACAUGAUUAUGAUUCCCGUGUUCAACAACUAUCGUGACCAGUGGGUGAGAGCUUUUGAGGAAGCAAAAGUGGGGACGGAGGAGGGCAAGUCAAGGAUGCAUGCUGACAUUACCCACCUCCAAACCAAGUUGGCCAAGAUUGAGGGCGCAAGCUCGCUGAGUGAUAAGCUCCUCGAGAUCGUGAACGCCAAGCAAGUAGCCAAGGCUACUAGCAAGUCAGAUAUUCCCGAGAAGACGGAAUCACCGAGUGAGAAGCCAGACAGCUCGAACGAGGGAUCUGAAUCUCCCAAGUCUUGA